UCCAUCGCGAUUCGCGCCGUCGUCGCCGCCCGCGAUCGUCCUGCUCGCGAAAAAUCAGCGAGACAUUAUUCGCGCGGGGGUCGAUCGAAUCGCGCGCGCGAUUGUCGCGGGUCGACUCGAAACGGAAGUCGCGGCGAGCAGCGCGGUAGUCGGUACGCAGUGCACAGCUGAUCAGUGGCCCCGACGGACGGUAGCCGUUCGGCUCGUCGAGAGCCUGCCCGACGCGAGGAGAAACGCGAAGGAGUGCGAGAAAGAUAGGAGACGGGACGAGACGUGACGGAAAGGCCGGUGCGGAACGGCCGCGAUCGUGUACAGCGGUGACAGGUGAAAGCUCCGAGAGACGAAGAAAGGGUACGAGUUCCGAUAAAGCGCGCGGAUCCAAAACGAUUCAGGUGCUCCGGUCCCUUCCUUCUGCCGAGGAGGCGUAGGUGUUCGCGGUGACGAGGGAAGGAAGAAAGGAGGUGGUGCCCAAGAACGUCGCAGCCCGCUCGUCGGACGUUUCCGAUGGUUGCCGUCCGGUAGAGGCCCUGCCAGGAGGAUGGGGGCCCACGAUGGGGGAGUGCCACUGCUCUAACAUCACUAUCAUGCAGCUGUUCCACGAGCUGAAGCAGCAGUUCCCCGCGCUCCCUGAUCACGUCGUCUCCCAGUGCAUCGCCCAGAACAGUCACGACCGGGAGAUAUGCGCGAGAAGCUUGCGGGCCACCCAGGAGUCCCGUCCGUCACCGGGCGCGUUUCCACCGCCGGCCCCUUGCAUCGUGGUGCAGCAACAACACCAUCAGCCGUCAUCUCCGCCGCAACAACGAGAACAGCAACGUUGCUGCGCGAUGAAUCAGGUCCAGCAGCAGCAGCAGCAGCAACAGCAGCAACUCGGCAUCCCGGUCGGCGUCAGGCGUCCCCAUCGACCGGCGUCGUUGGACAUCGGCAUGACACGUCGUUGCAUCCCCCCCGUCGUAGGUUGCAUUCGCGCGACGUCCACGACGUCGUCGAACCCCGUCGUCGUCACCCCCUCGUCCGCUCCGGCCGCCUGCACGUCGCGCGGCUUCUUCGACGACGGUUGCACCGUCAAUAGCAACGGCAGCAACGCACCGUCCGGCUUCGAGCUUAACGUCAACGUCGCCUGCAGCCCCGCGGGCAAUCGCGAUUUUCGAACGGUACCGACAAUCGGUCCUUGUAAACGAAGCGAUCUCAUCGUCGUGCCACGGCCUCAUUACGCCGAACCUGUCGUCGGGAAGUCCGGGACGCAGAUCGAUCACACGCGAAGUUAUACCUCGGUCAGCUUGACUCUCAGGCCGCCUUCCUCCGAGCCGCAACCCCCGAUUGAUAUCAGGUCGGAAGGAUCGAGCCUGACUUACUCGACUUCGUCCCUGGACCCACGUGGCUUUCAGAGUCGCCUGCAGAUCAGCAUCGGUCCAGGAAACGUCGGUAGCGUGGCAGCGGCGAGGAUAAGACCACCGAUGGCCAACAGCCUAUUACCGUCGACUCAGACGAGUCCACAGCGGCCACCUGGACUUCCGCCAGGACCGCCGAGCCAGCUGCCAAGACCGACGACAACGACGAUGAGUGCGCCGACUACACCCUCCGUACCGCCGACAACGAAUAUCGUCCCAAUUUGCAGUCUCCCGACGACGCCUUCCGCACCCACGAUGAUCGGCAUCGUACCUCCCUCCAAUGCCAGUGUUGGGGAACACACGCAGUCCACUUCCGAUCAGAACCGAUCAUCGUUGAGUCAAAUGACGGAGCACCAAAAGAAGUUGAUCACGGAGCAAUUGGCUAGGAAAGAAAGGCUCGCCAGAGAAUUAAGGGUCGAGAAGGGACGACUUGAAGCAAUGAAGAAGGAAGUGCAAGCUCUCGCCAAACCACUGGAUCCUUCGGUAUCCCCUCAAGAGCUGAAGAAACGGCUGAGGAGCGAAAUAUAUAUGCUACAGAUUGAGUGUGACAGGUUGGCCGACCAAGUGGAUCAAUGGUCAGACAGACGAGUACCAUUGGGCGAAACCAACGAGGAGUUUUAUCAGAGCAUUUAUACUGGCCAGCCGUUACCGACAAGACCACUGAAUCUGCAACCGCCACCUUUGCCGAGUCAACCCCCAGUGUGGCGAUCGGAACAGCCGACAAUCGCGAGCGACAAUGAACGGGACGGACCAUCGUGGGUCUGCACCAUGUGUACUUUCGACAAUCAUCCGCUAAUGAACAAGUGCGAGGAGUGCGACAUGCCGAGACUGUUGACCCCCAGCGGUAAUGCAGGUACAGUGCACGGCAAGUCGCCAGGAACGAUGCUAUCGACGUUAUUGUUGUCGUCGUCUUCGUCGGCAGCGGCUGGUUGUGACCGUAAACCUUCUUCAAUACCACUCCAGUCACCCGGAAUAGAAUAGAGCUAAUAGCUCGUUGCCUAACAGCAUGUCGUUUGAUUUGUGAGAUAAUUUCCGCGGAAACUUGCUAAAGUUAUUUCAAAGUUGAUUGAUCGAUUAAAUACUAAUCGAUCGAACUUUGAAGUCGACGCGGUGAAGUAUUUAUGUAAAAAAGUGAUAUAUUUUAACAUCACUAUAUUUUUAAGAAACUUUUAACCAGUGUGCUAUUAUUAAACUAUGUUAUAGAAAUUGUGUACUUAAUUAUGAUUAAUUGAUCAUGUUUUUAGCAUAAUAAAAGAGAACAAGGCGCGCGGCUUUGUUUUCAUUUGUUUGUUA